UAUGGUUGUAUAUACGACACUGAGAGUCCAAAGGAGCCCGCGGCAUUAUGGGAUGUAGCAGGACUGUGCAGUGACCCCGCUCAAUUGGAAGGAAACACUCACUGUGUACAGGAGCAGCGGGAACAGGCAGACUAUAGCCUAAACACGCACACACCUACACAAACACACACACACACACACACACACACACAAACAUCCCAGCAGCUUGCAGCUAUGCCUGUGUUCAGUGGCCUGUUGAAGGUGCGAGUGUGUGAGGCAGUGGACUUAAAGCCCACCCCAUGGGCGCUACGUCACGCUGUGGGGAAGAGUGGCUCCUUCCUGCUGGACCCUUACCUGGCUCUGAAUCUGGACCAGACCCGGCUGGGCCAGACCGCCACCAGGACCAAAACCAACAGCCCCGCCUGGCACCAGGAGUUCUGCACUGAGGUCCGUGAGGGAAGGAGUCUUGAGCUGUCUGUUUUCCACGAUGCACCCAUUGGGUACGAUGACUUUGUGGCCAACUGCACCAUCCAGCUGGAGGACCUGCUGCAGAACGGGACCAGGCACUAUGAAGACUGGAUUGACCUGGAGCCGGAGGGGAAGGUGUACGUGGUCAUUGAUUUGUCUGGAUCUUCCACUGAGGCCUCAGGAGCCAACGACAAUGAGGAGCGAGUGUUUCGAGAGAGGAUCGGACCUCGCCGGCGGCAGGGGGCGGUCCGAAGACGCGUCCAUCAAGUCAAUGGACACAAGUUCAUGGCCACCUACCUGAGACAACCUACCUACUGCUCACAUUGCAGAGAUUUUAUCUGGGGCGUGCUGGGGAAGCAGGGAUACCAGUGUCAGGUGUGUACGUGUGUCGUCCACAAGCGCUGCCAUGAGCUCAUCAUCACCAAGUGUGCCGGGAUGAAGAAGCAGGAGGACACACCAGAGGAGGUGGGUUCACAGCGGUUCAGUGUUAACAUGCCCCAUAAGUUCAGUAUCCACAACUACAAGGUUCCCACCUUCUGUGACCACUGUGGCUCCCUGCUGUGGGGACUCAUGAGGCAGGGCCUGCAGUGUAAAGUGUGUAAGAUGAAUGUGCACAGGCGGUGUGAGAAGAAUGUAGCUCCUAACUGUGGUGUGGACGCCCGAGGAAUCGCUAAGGUCCUGUCUGACCUGGGAGUCACACCUGACAAGAUCUCCAACACUGCGCUGCGCAGGAGGAAGUUGACUCCAGGGCAGGACCCUCCCCAGUCUCCUCCUGAGCUCUCUCAGACUGAGGAGAACAGUUUCAGCCAGCCAGCUGUCCCCACCUCCCCCUCACAGCAGGACUUGGCGCAGUUAGAUCGCCUGCAGGACACGCUGUCACUGGACCAGCAGGGACCCCAACACUCCUCCUCCUCUUCUUCCUCCUCCACCAACUCCUCUUCCUCCACCACCUCCUCUUCGGGAGUCAGGGAGAACGGACAGAGCCAGAGGAGGACCCUUAAGGACUUCAACUUUAUCAAAGUUCUGGGCAAAGGCAGCUUCGGCAAGGUGAUGCUGGCGGAGCUGAAGGGGACGGAGGAGGUUUAUGCCGUCAAAGUGCUGAAGAAGGACGUGAUCCUGCAGGACGACGACGUGGACUGCACCAUGACCGAGAAGCGCAUCCUUGCCCUCGCCCGCCGACACCCCUACCUCACCCAGCUGUACUGCUGCUUCCAGACACGAGAUCGUUUGUUUUUCGUUAUGGAAUAUGUGAAUGGAGGAGAUCUGAUGUUCCAGAUUCAGAGAUCCAGGAAGUUUGAUGAGCCUCGCUCUCGUUUCUAUGCUGCCGAAGUCACCUCAGCCCUCAUGUUCCUGCACCGUAACGGAGUCAUUUACAGGGAUCUGAAGCUGGAUAACAUCCUGUUGGACGCAGAAGGCCACUGUAAGCUGGCAGACUUCGGCAUGUGCAAAGAAGGCAUCAUGAACGGAGUGACCACCACCACCUUCUGUGGCACGCCCGACUACAUCGCCCCUGAGAUCCUGCAGGAGCUGGAGUACGGAGCCUCAGUGGACUGGUGGGCCCUGGGAGUGCUGAUGUAUGAAAUGAUGGCGGGACAGCCUCCGUUCGAAGCAGAUAAUGAAGACGACUUGUUUGAGUCGAUUCUCCAUGACGACGUCCUCUACCCAGUGUGGCUCAGCAAAGAGGCUGUCUCUAUCCUUCGAGCAUUCAUGACCAAGAACCCGGCCAAGCGUCUGGGCUGCGUGGUGAGCCAGGGCUGUGAGGAGGCCAUCAAGACCCAUCCCUUCUUCAGAGAGAUCGACUGGGUCCUGCUGGAGCAGAGAAAAGUCAAACCACCCUUUAAACCCAGAAUUAAGACCAAGCGAGAUGUGAAUAACUUUGACCAGGACUUCACCAAGGAGGACCCUGUGUUGACGCCCACGGACGAGGCCAUCAUCCGACAGAUCAACCAGGAGGAGUUCAAAGACUUCUCCUACUGCGCCCCAGAGGAGACGCAGACCUAACACA